AUGUCUGCGGGGAGCGCGGGGCCGGGGCCGCUGUGCCCGGAGCACGGCCAGGCCCUGGGCUGGUUCUGCUGCUCCGAGCGACGGCCCGUGUGCGCCGGGUGCGCGGGGCUGGGCGGCCGCUGCCGGGGCCACCGCAUCCGCCGGGCGGAGGAGCGCGCGGAAGAGCUGCGGAACAAGAUUGUGGACCAGUGUGAGAGGCUGCAGUUACAGAGUGCCAGCAUCACCAAGUAUGUGGCUGAGGUCCUGCCAGGGAAGAACCAGAGAGCAGUGAGCACAGCCAGCGCAGCACGGGAACUGGUCAUCCAGAGGCUAGGUGUGGUGAGGAGUCUGUGUGAGAGUGAGGAGCAGCGUUUGCUGGAACAGGUGCAUGGUGAAGAGGAGCGGGCCCACCAGAGUAUCCUGACACAGCGAGUACACUGGACUGAGGCGCUGCAGAAGCUUGACACCAUUCGGACCAGCCUGGUGGACAUGCUCACCCAUCUGGAUGACCUCCAGCUGAUUCAGAAGGAGCAGGAGAUUUUUGAAAGGACCGAGGAGGCAGAGGGCAUUCUGGAUCCUCAGGAGUCGGACAAGUUAAACUUUAAUGAGAAGUGCAUUCGGAGCCCACUACUUACCCAACUCUGGCUGACAGCAGUUCUCGGGUCCCUCUCAGGCAUGGAGGACGUGCGUAUUGACGAGAGGACUGUCAGCCCCUUGCUGCAGCUGUCAGAUGAUCGAAGGACCCUGACCUUCAAUGCCAAGAAGUCCAAGGCCUGUGCCGAUGUCCCCGAGCGCUUUGACCACUGGCCCAAUGCCCUCGCUGCCACCUCUUUCCAGGCUGGGCUGCACACCUGGCUGGUGCACGUCCAGAACAGUUGUGCCUAUAAAGUGGGCGUGGCCCUGGGCCAGCUGCCCCGCAAGGGCUCUGGCAGCGACUCCCGGCUGGGCCACAACACCUUCUCGUGGGUCUUCUCCCGCUAUGACCAGGAGUUCUGUUUCUCGCACGACGGGCAGCACGAGCCGCUGGGGCUGCUGCGUUGCCCCUCGCAGCUGGGCGUGCUCCUGGACUUGCAGGCGCAGGAGCUGCUCUUCUACGAGCCCGCCUCGGGCACGGUGCUCCACACCCACCACGCGCCCUUCCCGGGGCCCCUCUUCCCCGUCUUCGCCGUGGCCGACCAGACCAUUUCCAUCGUCCGCUGACCUGGGGCCACAGGGAGCCCGGGGCUACCCCCCGCGCCUCCAGGCCACGUUCCUCUCCAGCGUCUUUUCCCCCAAAUGUUGCCUCUGCCCAGUGGGCAGCUUUUAGGAAGGGUGGGGACCCGCUUUGGGCCUGCGUCCGGGCUCGGCGUCCGUGGGGAGCCUGCCGCUCCCUGGGCCUCAGCCUCCCAAACCCGCCGCGCAUCUGCCCCUCUGAGGGUGUCUUGUUUACCAGUCACGGCUGGCAUCCAGCGCGGUGCCUGGUGCCUACUGAUUGUGCAAUAAAUAUUUCGCAAGCGCGUGGAUGGAUGGAAGGGUGCCCGGGUGUGUGUGGGAGGCUCUUCUCGAGAACCUUAAAGGGAUUCAGGAGUCCUGCUAGGCCGCUGUUGGCCACAGGACUCUGGCCUAGGGGGCUCGGAAGACUGAGGGCAUCCUGUCCACAGGGAACCGGACUGCAACACCUGCCUCGGGGUGGGUGGCUGGGCUCAGCUGUGCACCCCUCCGUGGGAACAGGGACAACCCCCCCCACCUGCAACUCGUGGCCCCCCUGACAUAUUGUGGGGACCCGGAGGGAGGGCUUCAAGCCCGAGAGGACAGAGGCAGUAAGAGGGUCAGGUUUGGGGAACAGGUAUGUUAUUAAAGGUUUUCAAAGACUGA